GUGUUGAGCAUUCCCAAAGAUGAUAAGAGAAGAGAACUGCAAGAUGGGAAUUGGAAGGAGGGCAAACUAAAUGGACUGGGAUCUAUAAAAUAUGCCAGUGAGGAUGUGUAUGAAGGGUAUUUCAAAGAUGGACAGAGACAUGGACAUGGUGUUCUGAAGACAGGGAAACUGACCGCCAGCACUGCCAGUGUGUACAUAGGAGAGUGGGCGGCAGAUAAAAGAUGCGGUUACGGGGUUUUUGAUGACAUUGUCAAAGGGGAGAAGUACAUGGGCAUGUGGCAUGAUGAUCUCUGCAGUGGCAGUGGAGUACUUGUUACUUUAGAUGGACUUUAUUAUGAAGGCAACUGGAUACAGAAUAGGUUAUCAGGUGUAGGCCUUAUGAUAACUGAAGACAACAUCUGGUAUGAGGGUGAAUUCUAUGGAUCUUCUUUACUGUAUGGGAAGGGCACCAUGACCCUUCCAAAUUCAGACAAGUUUGUGGGUAGUUUUAAUGGUGCUUUCACUGAUGGAGUAAAAAUAAGUGGAAAUUUCUACAAAGCCAUUAAUCCGGAAAGAAGAAGUGUUCAGCAACAACCCAGUGUAUCAAACCCUGAGUCAUUUGGCAAGCACAGCGUCCCCGCAGACCAGAAGUGGAAACAGAUCUUCAGUUUAUGUGAAUCUCUGCUUGGUGGUCCCACUGCCCCAGCAACCAAGGCCUGGGAGGCAGUGGCAGUCAUGGUCAGUGCAGGCAAGAGGACAGUGAAGAAGGACAAAGCAAGAUACAGAAGUGGUAGUUCAGAUGACCUAGAAAAGAUACCGCCCUACAACAGAGGAGCAAUGACUAUUGACUAUUAUAAGCAAAUUCAGGAAUAUCUGCGUAAGGCAUUUGAAGUAUGUUUCCAUCCCCUGGGCAAGCUGAUGGAGGGUCUGGUGGACGUGUUCCGUGCCACAUAUGUAGGGGUGGGAGCACAUUCCAGGCUGCUGCAUCAUGCCAGGGAUGAGGUGAACUCCUUUGUGAAAAGAACCUACAACAUCAUAAGAAUGCUGUUUCCUGAUCUACCAUCUUCAUCAAGGCCUAUGUAUAUUCACCAUACUGACUGUCCCAGUCCUGUAAGUGAGGAGGAAGAUGACAAAGGUGAGGUGAUAACACCCAGCAGUCUUCUCCACCCCUUGCUUCUGCCAAAGAUCUACCCUCCUCUCUUCACUCUGUACGCCCUCCACAAUGAGAAGGAGGAUGAGAAGUACUGGGACAGACUGCAAAGGUUCAACAAGCAAGGAGAUGUGGCUCUACUGGCAUAUCUGGGAGUAGACCAAAAGUUCUGGCUGAUUGAUGAAUCCUUGCUGUUAGAGAAAAGACAA